CACCUCUCAUCCAACUUCACUCCACUCCUACUUUCUCACCCCUUUCUCACUUGCACUUCCACCGACGACGACACCACCAUCAAUGACUUUCAGUAAAUACGAACAAUAAAUAGUAAUGCCUCUCUGAAUCAAUGCAAAUUUGCAAUACCCCUUUUAGAAAAUACUAUACUCCAUAAUCCAUAGUCAAACUUUGAGUAAUUCUUUUUUUGGAAAAAUUAGGACAAAUCUCGUACGAACACAAAUGUCUGAGAUGUCCUGCAACAACACUCAAGCCGCAACAGCAGCCAUCUCCUCUGCUCUAUUACACUCUUAACACUACCAUUACUCAACACUAUCUUCUUCAUCAAAUCCAUCACCAUUAAUCCUUCAUCAUCCAACAAAUCAUUUUUUCCAUUUCCAAUUGAAAAUCAAUGAUCUUAUUUCCUCUUUAAAACCCUACACCAUUAAUUUUCCUAAAAAUCAAUUUGUCUCCUUGAAAAAUUAAACGAAUUCCGUGUAAUGAUGGGUCGUCGAGAUGGUUUAAUGCGAAGUAGCAGCAAUAUUCAUCAAUCAUUUCGCGGAUCUAGAAUUGUUAUAGCAAUUGCAAUUGGUAUUUUAAUGGGGUGUGUUUUCGCCUUUUUUUACCCUAAUGGUUUCUUCCACCCUUAUCGUCCUCAAACUUCCACUCUUACCCGUCACUCCAAAUCCUUUUUCCAGGGAAGUUUAUCAGACUGUGAAGCAGACGAACGGAUUAAUAUACUGAAGGCUGAUGCUGUCAGGCUUACGGAGAAGAAUGCAGAGUUGAGGAAGCAAGUAAGGGAGCUAAAUGAGAAGCUUAGGUUGGCUGAGCAGGGAAAAGACACUGCUCAGAAGCAAUAUAUGGCAUUGGGUGAGCAACCAAAGGCUGGGCCUUUUGGUACAGUCAAGGGCUUAAGGACGAACCCAACUGUGGUACCGGAUGAAUCUGUGAACCCUAGAUUGGCAAAGAUCUUAGAAGAAGUUGCUGUUAGGAAAGAGCUUGUUGUUGUGUUGGCCAAUUCAAAUGUGAAGGAGAUGUUGGAGGUGCAGAUAUCUACCGUCAAGAAAGCGGGUAUCUCCAAUUACCUGGUAGUGGCGUUGGACGAUGAGAUUGAGGGUUACUGCAAAUCCAAUGGUGUUGCUGUCUAUAAGCGAGACCCAGAUGAUGGGGUUGAUGCAAUUGGGAGGUCAGGGGGUAAUCAUGCUGUUUCGGGUUUGAAGUUCCGUAUUUUAAGGGAGUUCUUGCAGCUUGGGUACAGUGUUCUACUAUCUGAUGUUGAUAUACUUUACUUGAGAAAUCCAUUUGAUCAUCUUUAUCGUGACUCAGAUGUGGAGUCGAUGACAGAUGGUCAUAAUAAUAUGACUGCUUACGGUUAUAACGACGUAUUUGAUGAACCCGCGAUGGGUUGGGCUCGUUAUGCCCACACUAUGAGGAUUUGGGUUUAUAAUUCUGGGUUCUUUUACAUGAGACCAACAAUUCCUUCCAUUGAGCUUUUGGAUCGUGUUGCUGAUAGGCUUUCCAAGGAAAAAGCAUGGGACCAAGCAGUUUUUAAUGAGGUCCUUUUUUAUCCUUCACAUCCAGGGUAUGAAGGGCUUCAUGCUUCUAAGAGGACUAUGGAUUUCUAUUCUUUCAUGAACAGUAAAGUUUUAUUUAAGACUGUGAGAAAAGACCCUAAUCUGAAGAAGUUGAAACCUGUGAUCAUCCAUAUUAAUUACCAUCCCGACAAACUGCCAAGAAUGAAAGCCGUUGUUGAGUAUUACUUCAACGGAAAGCAAGAUGCAUUGGAUUCUUUUCCUGAUGGCUCUCAAUGAUGGAAGCGGAGAUAUAUAAGCUUGUUCACAUUCGGCAUAUUAUGUUAGUUUAUAUAGAGGGCACAUACAAUAUGGGCCUAUUUAUGCCUCUUUUGGGGUUUAUACAGUUAAGAAAGAGAUGCAGCGUUUCUUUGUUUACAUGCUUUGGUUCUGUCAGCUGUUUCUUUCUAGAAUUUUCCCAAUCAUAAACUCUUCUAGAACUUUUGUUCAUCUUGUAUUUUAGUGUAUCUAUUACCUUUAUAUAAGGGAGCGGCGCCAUUGUUCAUUUCUACUAUGCCUGAAGUUUAUUAUAUAAACAGUGCAAGGGCCCUUUGUAACUUUUGGCCAACACCAUCAAUGUAUAAACCUGCUUCACUUUGCUUUCC